GCCGCCACCGCCGCCGCGGGGGAGUGCUGUGCUCCCCGCCGGCUGCUGCCGUCCCUUCCCGUCUCGGGGGCUGUCAGGACCUGCGCAGCCCAGCCUUUCGUCUCGCCAGCGGGGAGCAGCCGUAGUGCAGCGGUAUGAGUGUGUACAACCUGGACCGCUUUCGCUUCGAGAGGAAGAGUAAAAGCUCGGAGCAAGAACCUGCGCCGCCUCCUGCUGCACAGGCGCAGGCUGCUGCCGAGGGUGCUGCUGGAGGGGAGGAGGAUGAAGGUGCGGAUGAUGGCAACGGGGCGGCUUCAGACGCGGCAGAGGUGACGGGGGACUCCACCAUCCCAGAAACUCCUGAAGCCCAGAGGACCAAGAAGGAGCAUUGCCUGAAGCCUCCCAAGAGGGUGCGGUUCCUGGGCGUGUGCUCGGACAGCGAGGAGGAGCCGCCGAGGAAGCGCCGCGCCGCCAGAGGGAAGCGCAGCCCCCGGAGAAGAGUAAUCACUGAACAAUCUUCAUCGUCCUCAGACUCUGAAGAUGAACUCUCCCACUUGGGCUAUGUAAAUGGUGGGGGUCAGCUGCCAGCUGUGAAGAAGGACGUGGAAGAUGACAUCAGACAUGCAAAGCUGCAAACACUGAAGGAACUUUUUCCCCAAAGAAGUGAUGAAGAUUUACAACAAUUGGUAGAAUCAUCACGCACAAUGGACGAAGCAAUAGCAGCUUGUUUGAAGUUCAGUAAUGAAGCUGCCUCUUGUAAAAUGAAACUGAAAGAUUCUCCCACAAAUGGCAAAGACCACUGUGAGCAUGUAGAAAACCAGACAAAGACUACUUAUUUGGAUGAAUCAGACCCCCAAAGACAAUGGGAGAGGCAGGAGAUGCUGGUGAGGAAGCUUCAGAAUACAUUCCCUGGAUUAGAUAAGGAGGAGCUCAGAGAUGUACUUCAGGAACAUAACUGGGUGUUUCAUGAAGCACUGGAGGCCCUGACAGUCUUUGCAGAAGAUGGCAUGGAAUUUUCUCCCAAAAAUAAAGCUUCUGACUGGACUGAAGCUUCAGCCAAGAGUGGUGUUGACAAGGGUAAGGAGAAGCCGAAGCAGAAAUCUUCCCAAAAAGGGCAGAAUGGCUUCCAGAAAAAGGACAAAGUCAAAAGGAGCUUUUGGAGCACUAAAAGAGAAACAGAAGGCUCGGAGGACGAGUCGGCUUCUGAAGGUGGAAGCUCCCUGGAUGAGGACUACAGCAGCGGUGAUGAAGUGAUGGAAGAUGGCUACAAGGCAAAAAUCCUCAGCUUCCUGCAGGAUGCUUCCCUGAGUGAACUGACUUUGAUCCCCCAGUGUUCCCAGAAAAAGGCUCAGAAGAUAAUAGCGCUCCGGCCCUUUAACAGCUGGGAGGCUCUGUUCACAAAAAUGACUAAGACUACUGGCUUGUCAGAAGACAUAGUGUGGAACUGCAAGACCCUGCUGAAGGAGAGGGAUGUGGUUCUAAAGCUGAUGAAUAAGUGCGAAGACAUUUCCAAUAAGCUGACAAAACAAGUGACCAACAUCACUGCCGAUGGAGGGUGUGGGUGGAACAUAGAGCAGCCCUCCAUUCUCAACCAGAGUUUGGAACUCAAGCCCUAUCAGAAGAUUGGUUUGAACUGGUUGGCUCUCCUCCACAAGCAUGGAUUGAAUGGUAUAUUGGCUGAUGAAAUGGGCUUAGGCAAAACUAUUCAAGCUAUUGCAUUUCUAUCUUAUCUCUACCAAGAGGGCAACAAGGGUCCCCAUUUGAUAGUUGUGCCAGCUUCAACAUUAGAUAACUGGAUAAGAGAAGUGCACCUGUGGUGUCCUGAACUGAAUGUCCUUUUUUACUAUGGAUCCCAAGAAGACAGAAAACAUCUCAGAGUGGACAUCAGUAACAAAGCUGUGGAUUUCAAUGUGAUUAUCACCACGUACAACAGUGCCAUCAGCAGCUCAGAGGACCGGGGCUUGUUUCGCAGGCUGAAGCUCAACUAUGCGAUAUUCGACGAGGGCCACAUGCUGAAGAACAUGAGCUCCGUGCGCUACCAGCACCUCAUGACCAUCAAUGCCAAGAAUCGCCUGCUGCUGACGGGGACCCCAGUUCAGAACAAUCUGCUGGAGCUGAUGUCCCUCCUGAAUUUUGUUAUGCCACACAUGUUCAGCAGCAGCACAAGUGAAAUCAGAAGGAUGUUCUCUUCAAAAACAAAGAGCGCCGAAGAGCAGAGCAUAUACGAGAAGGAGAGGAUUGCACAUGCAAAGCAGAUCAUAAAGCCAUUCAUCCUCAGAAGAGUAAAAGAUGAGGUCCUUAAACAGCUACCUGCCAAAAAAGAUGUCAUUGAAGUAUGUGAGAUGUCUGAGAAACAGGAGCAGUUAUACUGUGAUCUCUUGAACAGGCUCAAGACGACCAUUAACGGGAACGAGAAGAACUCUGACAUGGGGAAUGUGAUGAUGCAGCUGAGGAAAAUGGCUAACCACCCUCUCUUGCAUAGGCAGUACUACACAGAUGAGAAGCUUAGGACAAUGUCCAUGCUUAUGCUCAAGGAGCCCACCCACAGCGAUGCUAACCCUGACCUGAUCUGUGAAGAUAUGGCAGUAAUGACAGAUUUUGAGCUGCAUCUGCUCUGUAAGCAAUAUUCUCACAUCAGUGACUUCAAGUUAGACAUGGAUCAGAUCUUGGAUUCUGGGAAGUUUAGAGCACUGGAACGAAUUCUCUCUGACCUUAAAGAGAAGGGGGACAGAGUGGUGUUGUUUAGCCAAUUUACUAUGAUGCUGGAUAUCUUGGAAGUUUUCCUAAGGCAUUGGCAGCACAGAUACCUUAGGCUGGAUGGGAAAACACAGAUCUCUGAUCGGAUACAUCUAAUAGAUGAGUUUAAUACAGAUAUGGAGAUUUUUGUGUUCCUCCUUUCAACCAAAGCUGGUGGCUUGGGAAUUAACCUGACUUCAGCAAACGUUGUCAUUCUUCACGACAUUGACUGCAACCCAUACAACGAUAAGCAAGCAGAAGACAGAUGCCAUAGAGUAGGGCAGAAAAGAGAAGUAAAAGUCAUAAAGCUAAUCAGUAAGGGCACUAUUGAAGAAUCCAUGCUCAAAAUCAGCCAGCAGAAGUUGAAGCUAGAACAAGAUAUGACUGCUGCAGAUUCAGGAGAAGGAGGCACCAUUGCAGCAGAUAUAGCCACGCUAUUAAAAGCAUCAUUAGGGCUCUAACACGCAAACAGGCUGUGAGAUCCGAGGCAGAAAGGUGAUGUUGUACCCCCAAGGACUCUUUGGCCACGAGUUUUAUGAACAUUUAUAACCUUUUGUAGUUCCUUUUUCUUUUACUCCUUGUGGUAUGGAAAGUUUUCUAAGACCCGGGAGCAUUCUUUUUGGAUGCUUUUAUAACCCAACAGCCCAAACCUUCUCAAGAUAGGGGUGGGGGGGGAAGGGAAAUGCUGAACAAAAACCCCCUUCUUUUACAGUUCACUUCUCCAAAGAGGGACCCAAGUAGUUAAUUGUUUUAAUAAAUCUCCUCUACUGCUCAAGAUUUGUCAGUAUUUUUGUAAUUAUUUCUACCUCCAAAUAUAUAUAUAUAUAUAUAAAACCAACCUGUCUGUUUCACUGGAUUCCACGUGUAGAGGUUUUUUUUUGCUGUGUGCCUUAUUUGACACUGCUCGAGUCUGUUUCUGCUUCUUUGGGUUUAUUUGAUGUACUGUACUGGUUUUGUGUUAACGGAGACAAAUAAACUGCCAUCAAUGACCUUUGC